UGGCCGAGGACCGAGCCAGCGGACGAUGCUAUGUGGGGAUUUGAACAGCCCCGCUGCGCGGCUCCUCCAUGACAGCGCCCCAAAGACCGCCCCAGACCUGACAAGUCGAGCUCAGAGGCGGCUCAACGCGAUGCUUUCGACGGAGCCUGCAGGAAUCCGCGUACAGUACAUGAAGAAAAGGAUCCCCAGAAAUGCGAAGUAUGAUCACGUCAAAACAAGGCUGGACACAGGAUCCAGCAAAACAAAGUACAUGGAAAGGCUGGAGGAGAUUAGAAAAAACUACAGGUAUAAAAAAGGCGAAAUCUUCAAACGCUUGAAGGUGACAACGUUUGCGCAGCUGGUUCUUCAGGUGGCUUCGGUUUCAGACAGUAGUCAAAGCGAGGCUGAUGACGAGUCACCCAACACCCAACAGGACGGCCUGUCAAUCAUCUCGGAGGCAGAGCUGGAGGCUGAGUCUGAGCGCGUCAACGGCUCGCCGCUGGAGCUGCCUCUGUCACACCGAGAGGAUGCAGGAGACUGCAAGGAUUCCUGCCAGACGGCCAGGUCAACACUCCUCAGCGUCAUCAGUGGUGUCGGGGAGCUGAACAUGGAGGACGGUCAGAAGGCGGCAGAGCCUGAGCCCAGCCCCACGCCUGCUGACGCGCCCUACCCAGAAUGCCCCUACCUGCUGCUGGAUGUGCGCGACCGCGACCAGUACGACUGCUGCCACAUCAUCGGCGCUCACAGCUUUCCCGUGGCCAUGCUGUCCCGAACCAUGAACCCUUACACCAAAGAAGUGCUGGAAUAUAAAAACGCUCUGGGGAAGAUCAUCAUUGUGUACGAUGAAGAUGAGAGAAUCGCCAGCCUGGCAGCUACCACCAUGUGUGAGCGGGGAUUUGAGAAUCUCUUUAUGCUCUGUGGGGGUCUCAAGGUGAUCGGGCAGAAAUUUCCGAGCGGAAUGACGACGGGCUGCCUCCCAUCGUCGUGCCGGUCCUCUCCCACUUCAUCCAAGGGCGGGAAAGGCCCUGCGGCCCAGCAGGCGGCGCCGGCCGCAGAGCAGCGCUGGAGGUUCACAUGGGAUGAGCUGGAGAAGAUCCAGGAGCAGCUGGAUGAGAUAUUCAUCCCCAGUUACCCACACAGUCAGCUCUCCAGUCGCACGGCAUCCAGCAGCAGCCGGUCGACAGCCUCCGGUCGUCAGAGUUCCUCCACAUCUGGCAGAAAUGGAUCCAGAGCCCCGAGCAGCAGACCCUGGAAAUAAGCCCCAGCCGCCGUCCCCCAACAACACGUACCUCCAUCAGAAAGCCUCCUGACUGUCUGCAGCUUGAAACUGGGGACAGCUGCUCCAGAUGUUGCUGUGUCUUCACCACCAUUGGUCAUUGCAUGAUUGUAUUGUAAUGUAUGAUUGAAAAUAAAUUUGCCUUUUCACUGUUUUUUUUUGGAACAAACCAUGCAAGGAUAAGUGAGAAUCAGCUAAGUUGAAUCAGGGUAUUGAGAUAUAGACAAAUGAUGAAAUUGGCAGUGAAAAUGUAGCCAAACUGUUUUUUUUUUACCUGUUUAAAUGACUAAUCUACAUUUCAGUUUUUGCACAGUACCUGAUCGGUGGACACGCAUGUUUGCACUCUAACUUUAACCUGCAAAGCUUUUAACUUUAGCUUUGCCCCUGACUGAUUCAGAUU